CGAGGAACUGUCACUUUAGUUGGCUGACUGGAGCACUGCCUGACUAACAGACUGAGUGGCCGUAACUCCCAGUCCUCGCGCGUCCGUAAGAGGAAGAAAACCCCCAUUUACGAAGACCUCGGCGCGUGUUUGGUAUCAAAAAAAAAAGAAAAAGGAAAAAAAAGAAGAAAUAGGGUUUUCUAUCUGAAAAACCGGAAAGUGCGGCUACCAAAGGCCACAAUAUGAGUGCUUCAGCAAUCCAUUGAUGUGCCCACUGUGAUAGAAAUCGCGCGAACUCCGCUCUCCUCCGCCACCAAAAUUAAAAACCACCUACCGCACCACCAGGCGAAAACGAACAUAAACUACCGACCGUUCCCGGGUCAGGAUGCGCCGCUUGAAUGAUUGACCGUCUACAGAUUCGUCGCUUGGGUGCAGCUGCUAGAAACAAACGCGCAGGAGGCGGAGGUGGCGCAGGAGGAGCGGGAGGAGCAGGAGCAGGAGGAGCGGGAGGAGGAGGAGCGGGAGCGGGAGCAGGAGCGGGAGGAGGAGGAGGAGGAGGAGCAGCGGGUUCGGGAGCGUCAACUGGAUCGGUAGCGACCCCAGCCAGCGGCACGGGCGGCCACCACCAGCAGCACCACCACCAUUCGCUUCCGUACUCCACAAGCGGCAUCAACACGCCGGCGACGGCCAGCACCAGUUCCUCCAGCGGCAACAGCUUGACGCCGCAACAGCAACAGCAGCAGCAGCACCACCACCAGCCCCACCACGGGCACCACUUUGGCCACCACCAGCAUUCGCUCCACCAUCCGCCGCACCAUCAUCCGCACCCGCAUCCCCAUCCCCACUCCCACUCCAAUCCCCACCAGCAUCCGCAUCCCCAUCUGCGCCACUCGCAGCCCGCGUCCGCCAGCCAGUUCAGCUUCAAUCCAUCGCCGGGCAGCAGUCCUGGCAACGGACUGGGUCUGGGCGCUCGCCAGGAUGCGGCCAGUGCGCUUAAUAGCCCGACGACCAUUGUGAACUCCGGCAGCGGCAGCGGCGGUGGCAGCAGCGUCGCCUUCGGGAUGCAGCCGCAGCAGCAGCAGCAGCAGUCCCUGGCCGGCGGAGGAGGCGGUGGCUCCUCGACCACGGCAGCCCCAUCCUCGGGCGCUGGUCACAAUAAUGGAGCCGGAGCCGGAACCGGACUGGGAUCAGCAGUUGGCGGCGGCGGUGGAGGUGGAGGUGGUGGUCUCAAUCUGCUUGGCGGACUGGGCGGCAUCGGUGGCAUGGGUGGCGGAGCAGCUGCCGCCGGAAUGGGCAUCUGCGGAGGGAUCAGCAGCACCGUGGGCAGUGCCGCUAUCACCGGAGUACCGCCCAUUGGACUGGGCAUCGCAACCGGCAUUGGCAACAAGAUCAUGCUUGGCCGGAAACAGAGCCUCAAGGGCGGCGAACCCUUCCUGGCGGACUAUGGGCCAGAGGAGUCGCUCAACGAGAGCGCCGACAUCGAGUGGGUGAACAAGCUGUGGGUGCGCCGCCUGAUGCGCCUCUGUGCCCUCGUCUCGCUGACCUCCGUAUCGCUGAACACGCCCAAGACCUUCGAGCGGUAUCCCUCGCUGCAGUUCAUCACCUUCGCCUCGGACACGGCCGUCACGCUGCUCUUCACCGCCGAGAUGAUCGCCAAGAUGCAUAUCCGUGGAGUGCUGCAUGGUGAGGUGCCUUAUCUGAAAGAUCACUGGUGCCAGUUUGAUGCUUCAAUGGUUAGUUUUUUGUGGAUCUCGAUCAUUCUGCAAAUCUUUGAGGUGCUCGAGAUAGUUCCCAAGUUUUCCUACUUGUCUAUUAUGAGAGCUCCUCGACCGUUGAUCAUGAUUCGCUUCCUACGAGUCUUCCUUAAAUUUAGUAUGCCAAAAAGUCGGAUCAACCAAAUCUUCAAACGUUCGAGCCAGCAAAUCUACAAUGUGACAUUGUUCUUCCUUUUCUUCAUGUCCCUGUACGGAUUACUUGGGGUUCAGUUCUUUGGCGAACUGAAAAACCACUGUGUGAUGAAUAACACGGAAUACGAUCAUCUACAAAGACCUGUUCUGACGAUCAACUCGCUGGCCAUUCCGGACACCUUUUGCUCGAUGGAUCCCGACUCCGGCUAUCAGUGUUCGCCGGGAAUGGUCUGCAUGAAGAUGGACUUCCUCAGCAGCUAUGUGAUCGGGUUUAAUGGGUUCGAGGACAUCGCGACGAGCAUCUUCACAGUUUAUCAGGCAGCCUCGCAAGAGGGUUGGGUGUUCAUCAUGUACAGGGCUAUUGAUUCUCUGCCGGCCUGGCGAGCCGCCUUCUACUUCAGCACGAUGAUCUUCUUCCUGGCGUGGCUGGUGAAGAACGUUUUCAUAGCGGUGAUCACGGAGACCUUCAACGAGAUCCGUGUGCAGUUCCAACAGAUGUGGGGUGCGCGUGGGCACAUCCAGAAGACCGCAGCCUCGCAAAUCCUCAGUGGCAACGAUUCCGGCUGGCGUUUGGUGACCAUCGAUGAUAAUAAGCACGGCGGUUUGGCGCCGGAAACAUGUCAUGCCAUCCUGCGAUCCCCGUACUUCCGCAUGCUGGUGAUGAGCGUGAUCCUGGCCAAUGGCAUAGUGACUGCCACGAUGACCUUCAAGCACGAUGGUCGACCGAGAGAUGUGUUCUACGAGCGGUACUACUACAUCGAGCUGGUCUUCACCUGCCUGCUCGACCUGGAAACGCUCUUCAAGAUCUAUUGUCUGGGCUGGCGGGGCUACUACAAGCACUCCAUACACAAAUUCGAACUACUUUUGGCCGCCGGAACCACCCUGCACAUCGUACCGAUGUUCUAUCCCUCGGGAUUGACCUACUUCCAGGUGCUGCGGGUGGUGCGACUGAUCAAGGCCUCGCCGAUGCUGGAGGGAUUCGUCUAUAAGAUCUUCGGACCGGGAAAGAAACUCGGAUCACUGAUCAUCUUCACCAUGUGCCUGCUGAUCAUCAGCUCGAGCAUCUCGAUGCAGCUCUUCUGCUUCCUGUGCGACUUCACCAAGUUCGAGUCCUUCCCGGAGGCCUUCAUGAGCAUGUUCCAGAUCCUCACGCAGGAGGCCUGGGUGGAGGUCAUGGACGAGACGAUGAUCCGGACCAGCAAAACCCUCACACCGCUGGUGGCCGUCUAUUUUAUACUGUACCAUCUGUUUGUCACCCUCAUCGUGCUCAGUCUGUUCGUGGCGGUGAUCUUGGAUAAUUUGGAACUGGACGAGGACAUCAAGAAGCUGAAGCAGCUCAAGUUCCGCGAACAGAGCGCCGAGAUCAAGGAGACACUGCCAUUUCGCCUUCGCAUCUUCGAGAAGUUCCCCGAUUCGCCGCAGAUGACCAUCCUGCACCGCAUCCCCAACGACUUUAUGCUGCCCAAGGUGCGCGAGAGCUUCAUGAAGCACUUCGUCAUCGAGCUGGAGACGGAGGACUCGCUGGUCGAGAACUGCAAGCGACCCAUGUCCGAGUGCUGGGAGUCCAACGUGGUCUUCCGUAAGCAGAAGCCCGUAAGGAUCAUGAACAAGACGGCCAAGGUCCGCGCAGCCGGCAGUAGUCUUCGGAAGUUGGCCAUCACGCACAUCAUCAAUGACAGCAACAACCAGCGCCUGAUGCUGGGCGACUCCGCGAUGCUGCCCGUGGUGGGGACGAAGGGCGGCGGUGGGCUGAAGUCGCAGGGCACCAUCACCCACUCGAAGCCGUGGCGCGUGGACCAGAAGAAGUUCGGCUCCCGCUCCAUCCGUCGCAGCGUGCGCUCCGGUUCCAUCAAGCUGAAGCAGACGUACGAGCACCUGAUGGAGAACGGCGACAUAGCGGCGGCUCCAAGGGCGAACUCCGGACGGGCCCGACCCCACGAUCUGGACAUCAAGCUGCUGCAGGCGAAGCGCCAGCAGGCGGAGAUGCGACGCAACCAGCGGGAGGAGGAUCUGCGCGAGAAUCAUCCGUUCUUCGACACGCCGCUCUUUCUGGUGCCGCGCGAGAGUCGCUUCCGGAAGAUUUGCCAGAAGAUCGUGCAUGCGCGCUACGAUGCCCGUCUCAAGGACCCGCUGACCGGCAAGGAGCGCAAGGUCCAGUACAAGAGCCUGCACAACUUUCUCGGGCUGGUCACAUAUCUGGACUGGGUAAUGAUCUUCGCAACCACGCUCUCGUGCAUCUCGAUGAUGUUCGAGACACCCAAUUACCGGGUGAUGGAUCAUCCGACGCUGCAGAUCGCCGAGUAUGGGUUCGUUAUUUUCAUGAGCCUUGAGCUGGCGCUGAAGAUCCUGGCCGAUGGCCUGUUCUUCACGCCGAAGGCUUACAUCAAGGACGUGGCCGCCGCCCUGGAUGUGUUCAUCUAUGUGGUGUCCACCUCGUUCUUGUGCUGGAUGCCCCUGAAUAUACCAACCAACUCGGCGGCCCAGCUCCUGAUGAUCCUGCGAUGCGUGCGUCCGCUGCGAAUCUUCACCCUGGUGCCGCACAUGCGGAAGGUGGUCUACGAGUUGUGCCGGGGCUUCAAGGAGAUCCUGCUCGUAUCCACGCUGCUCAUCCUCCUGAUGUUCAUCUUCGCCAGCUACGGUGUUCAGUUGUACGGUGGUCGUUUGGCCCGUUGCAAUGAUCCGACAAUCUCGAGAAGGGAGGACUGCGUCGGUGUGUUUAUGAGGCGGGUCUUCGUGACGAAAAUGAAGCUUACCCCGGGUCCCGAUGAGUCCUAUCCGGCGAUGCUGGUGCCACGGGUGUGGGCCAAUCCGCGGCGAUUCAACUUCGAUAAUAUUGGGGACGCCAUGCUGACGCUCUUCGAGGUGCUGUCCUUCAAGGGAUGGCUGGAUGUGCGCGAUGUCCUGAUCAAGGCAGUGGGUCCGGUACAUGCGGUCUAUAUCCACAUCUACAUAUUCUUGGGCUGCAUGAUCGGCUUGACGUUGUUCGUGGGCGUGGUCAUUGCCAAUUACUCGGAGAACAAGGGCACGGCUCUGCUGACCGUUGACCAAAGGCGUUGGUGUGACCUCAAGAAGCGUCUGAAGAUCGCCCAGCCUCUCCACUUGCCGCCCAGACCCGACGGCCGGAAGAUCCGGGCCUUCACCUACGACAUCACCCAGCACAUCAUCUUCAAGCGGGUCAUCGCGGUGGUGGUGCUGAUCAACAGUAUGCUGCUCUCCAUCACGUGGAUCAAGGGAGAGGUGCAUACGGAACGCCUGGUGAUCGUCAGUGCGGUAUUGACCUUUGUCUUUGUGGUUGAGGUGGUGAUGAAGAACAUUGCCUUUACACCGCGCGGCUAUUGGCAAUCUAGGCGCAAUCGCUAUGACCUACUCGUCACCGUUGCCGGUGUGAUUUGGAUUAUAUUGCAGACCAUUCUGCGGAACGAUCUGUCCUACUUCUUCGGCUUCAUGGUGGUCAUCCUGCGCUUCUUCACCAUCACCGGCAAGCACACCACACUGAAGAUGCUCAUGUUGACCGUGGGCGUGUCUGUAUGCAAGUCCUUCUUCAUUAUCUUUGGCAUGUUUCUGCUAGUCUUCUUCUAUGCGCUGGCCGGGACCAUUCUCUUCGGCACGGUCAAGUACGGCGAGGGCAUCGGCCGGAGGGCCAACUUCGGGUCACCCGUCACCGGGGUGGCCAUGCUCUUCCGGAUCGUCACCGGCGAGGAUUGGAACAAGAUCAUGCACGACUGCAUGGUCCAGCCGCCGUACUGCACCCUGGGCAACAACUACUGGGAGACGGAUUGCGGCAACUUCACCGCCAGCCUGAUCUACUUCUGCACCUUCUACGUGAUCAUCACGUACAUAGUGCUAAACUUGCUUGUGGCUAUUAUCAUGGAGAACUUUUCCCUCUUCUACUCGAAUGAAGAGGAUGCCCUGCUUUCGUAUGCGGAUAUACGCAAUUUCCAGAACACCUGGAACAUUGUGGACAUCCAUCAGCGAGGAGUGAUACCCGUGCGCCGGGUGAAGUUCAUUCUGCGCCUGCUGAAGGGACGACUGGAGUGCGAUCCGCAGAAGGAUCGUCUGCUGUUCAAGUACAUGUGCUAUGAGCUGGACAAGCUGCACAACGGCGAGGAUGUGACCUUCCACGAUGUGAUCAACAUGCUGAGCUACCGCUCCGUGGACAUUCGAAAGGCGCUGCAGCUGGAGGAGCUGUUGGCGCGCGAGGAGUUCGAGUACCUGGUUGAGGAGGAGGUGGCCAAGAUGACCAUCCGCACCUGGCUGGAGGGGUGCCUUAAGAAGAUUCGGGCCCAAAAUGCUAGCAAGCAGCAGAACUCGCUGAUUGCCGGCCUGCGGGCCACCAACGAGCAGCCCGUGAUGCGGCCGAAUGUCCAGGAGGACAAGGCUCCUCUGGGCGCGGCGGACAAGUCGGCGAUCAGCACGAUCAGUGGGGCGGUGGCUGGUGCCUGUCCGCCCACCAGUGACGCCUUCUCGCCGACCUUCAGCUCAACGGAGAACGAGGAGAAGGAUGGCAGUAGCAGUGCGAUGGUGCAGUUGCCCCAUCCGGAGCUACCACUAACCGGAACCGGAAGUUCGGCGACGGUAGCGACAGUGCCGGCGGUCCAGACCAGCGCCGCUCGUCAUGUGAUGGCGGUGGGCAAGCGGGGCUAUGCGCUGAAUCGUUCCGAUUCCACGGGCAGCUCGGCGGGCAGGAAGUUCCUGGCUCCCACCUCCAGUGAUCCGCAGCAGCGCUCGACGCUGAGCGACAAGGAGCGGCUGCACAUCAGCAGUCAGCAGCGGAAGAAGAACUCGAUGACCACAUUGCCACAUGCAGGUCAACUGGGACAGUUGGCCAAACAGCGGGGUGGAGGCGGCGGCGGCGGCGGUGGUGGAGAGGCUAGCAAAUCCUCCAGCUUCUUUGCCCAGCUGAACAGCGAGAUUGGCCAGUUCCAUUAUCCGACAAUAAACGCAGCAGCCGCCGCCGCUGCUCUCCAUGGCUAUGGACAUGGACAUGGUCAGCACCAGCAGCAUCAUCACCAUGGUGGAGGAGGAGGUGCCCUGGGCAGCCCGUCGGCCAUGAUGAGCCAAAUGAUUGGGGGCAGCGGGAAGUUGCUGCCGUUUAAUAACCAGGCGAAUGCCGUCUACGAGGUCCACGACUGGUGGCAGGAGCAGGUUCUUUGUCCACAGACCAGCGAUGACGAGAUCUAGCAAAGGCCCAAGCGGAGAGCGGGAGGAGGAGCAAGAUUAGGAGGAGCAUCAGGAGGCGGAGUAACGAUAGCUGGUUCCCCCCGAGGAUGGCCCAAAGCCGGAAGCCGGAAGUGCCGCAGAGGUGGUGGAGCUGGAGCCUAUUAAACAUUAUCAACAACUAGUGGCCUAGAACUUUUUUGUAUAUGCCUAAUAAGUGUAAAUGUAUCGGCCUCACAAUUAACGGUUAACAAUUCUUAACGAGUAUAUAGAUAUAUUAGCUAUAGUUUAGCACUGGGUAAAAAUGAAACAAAAACAAACGAAAACCCAAAACAAAAAAAAACAAGGGCAACCAUUAGUUUUACGUUUUGUUGUUGUUUGCGUGCUAGAUGGUAAAUAUGAUCAGUCAGUCGGUAACUUUGUUAUAGCUUAAAUAUAUAUAUAUAAAGAAAUAUAUAUUAUAUAUAUGUAUAAUGAGUAUAUUGCAUAUGAAUUGCAUAUGUCUUAUGUAUAGUGCAAAUUUAUAAGCGCGCUGCCUCACCAAAUGGAGCAUUGAAAUUCGUAAGUUGCGUAAAACGAUUAAGUAGCUAACGAAUAUAUAGGAAUGCCAAACAAAAUAAAUCUCCAUCUUACCGAUUCGAACUAGCCAAGUUUAUACCAAGUAGUAGAUGUAGAAAAGAAGACACGAAAUAAAACACACACAAAACCAGACACCAAAUAGAAAGAGAUGCCUAUUAAGAUAUUUUGAGAUUAGCCAAAAAAGAACUCAGCACAAAUUAAUAUUAAAGUUAUUACUACGAGUAUAGCCGAUGCCCCAUUCAAUGCGACCUCCCCCUUCCGAAGUGAAGCGUAAUAAAAAUCGUUGAAAUUGCAGAACGUUUUAAAAAAAA